AUGACCUUGAUGGAAGGAUUAAUGUUGGUACCACCCGAAAGGGGUACAAUUAUUGGAAGAGCAGUAUGGAAGCCUCGAUAUGUUGUCCUUGGUUCCGGAGCACAUCUACAAACACAAACCGAACUCCUCGAAAAAGCAAAUUCAAAGAAGGGAAAAACAAUCAAAUCUGCAUCUACAAAACCAAGCUUGGUGGAUUUGGGAAAGGGAUCAGAAGGAUUAUUCAUUUCAAUCUACAAGGCAAAGGGCGACUGGGAAUACAUUGCGCAGUACCCAAUAUCUUCUUUUAAAUCCUGCGAAAUUCGUGCAUUAACACAUCGAAAACAAGCCACACCAUUGCCCACGCUUGUGUUGGAAUUCAAACCAGAUUCGAUAUCAGAAAAGCAACGAAAAAGAAGAUCAAGUCGAACAGGGGGAUUAACUUCAAACAAGGAUUCACAAUGGCUGGAUACACUUCUAUUUCGAUCAGUUCCUGAGGAUCGCAAUAAUAUUUACGAUUGGCAGAUUACUAUCAAACCAAGAUUGCAAAUUGAUGAUAAUGAAGAAAGUCCAAUGAGUCCUUUAAGUCCAAUAUUCACAUCUUUCACCAAUCCAUUUUCACCAAGAGAUCCAAGACCUUCAUCUCGAAAUGGUAGACAAGAUCAACAAGCUCGACCACUUUUCCAAUCCUCGGGACCAUGCGCUCAAACCUCAAGAGAUCGUCCCACAGCAUUAAUAUCUCCUUCUCCCAGUCUUCGUUCCCAUCGCUCGGACAUUUCUUCUCAAGCAAGUUCAUCUCAUCCAUUAACGGGUUUCACAUCAGCUCAUCCACAGCCCAUCAAUACAAAUUUGCCAACGGAUCUACCCUCACCUGUUUCUGUUUCUGGUUAUGAUAAUUUUAUCGAAGGAUGGACCACGGCGCAAGGAAGAUCAUCGGCAUUAUCUCAUCACACUAGAGGAAGUAAUAGCAUUGCUUCCGCUAUUGCACCUCCAAUUACCUCACCUAUCACAACAUCACCUGGACCAAGAGAAACAAUUUUGGAUAGAGCAUUUCAAAUGAGAUGUAUACCUGGAAGUGAAAGAUUGAAGGAUGAAGAGGAGAAAGUUAGUAGUAUUGCUCGAUUUGAAGCAUUAAUGAGAGAACAAGAUGAGAGGUUAUUACAAAAAUCAGCGACUGAUAGGGAUGGAAAGACAUAG